ACAAUACCUAAAUCCCUAAAUCUGAAAAAUAUCUUUCGAACCCUAGCUAGCAGUCGCUCUUGUCAAUUCAUCCAUGGACGAAACCGCUAUCAAAGGUCUGAAAUUACUGGAAUUGAACGAUAGUGGUUCAGACUCUGGUGAAUCAAACUGUUGUAGUUGCACCAGCACGACGAUUUCCGUUGAGGGAUAUGACACUUGGCUUCGAAAGUAUCCUCUCAAACUCGUGUUGGAAAAACAUUUCGCUUCAUGCGGAGAGAUCACAAAUAUUUAUGUACCCACAGACUUUGAAAGGGGUAUCCUCAAGAGUGUUGCCUUCAUGAGGAUCGAGGGAGAAGGUGCCGAAGAAAAGGCAUUGCAACUUAGUGGAACUGACGUCGGAGGAUGGACUGCUAUCGUUAAGCCUGCACCGUCGCAGAAAGUAUUCAUGGAUGAUCCUUGGUAUGCUGGUCCUAGGUGUGCUGCUGCUCCCGCCGAUACCAAAACACACAUGAUCCGCGUUACCGGAUAUGACACUUCGCUUCCUAAGAUUGAUAUGCAGAUCGCGCUGUAUAAACAUUUCUCCUCGUGUGGAUCCAUCUGGAAAGUUAUAGUUCUCUCUAGCGGUGCAGCUUUUAUUUAUCUUGAAGGAGAAAGAUGUGUAGACAAGGCGCUGGAACUAAGUGGACGGAACAUGGGAGGAUCGACUCUUGUAGUUGAACCUGUUGUGCCGCGACCCGAUAUCUUAAAAAAAAGAAGGCCGCUCGCCUGCACUACUACUGGCUAUACUCUCCCAAGUACUUUACUUGAGGUGGCUAAGAAGAAGAAGAAGAAGAUGGAGACAGAGAUGGAGAUGGAGAAGGAGAAGGAGAAGGCUCUCUCUUAGGACUUGGAAAAUACUCGGUCUCUAACAUCAACUAGUAGGUUGGUUUCUUAACCAAUCGAUCACUUUAGUCGGUUGACUCGACUUUUAAGUUUGUGUAUGUAUACCAAAUUUAUACAACUAUGACUGAAUCGUA